AUGGACGCCAAGUCUCCGUACAACUACUACUACUACUACUCUCCGAGUAUCGCAAUCAUCUUUGCGGCAUGUCUUUUGAUAAGCCGCGUCGUCUAUGCCCUCUUCUUCUCCUCCUAUUGCCAUAUUCCCGGCCCAAGAAUAUGCAAAGUUACCCGUCUUUGGGUAGACCUGUAUGACAUUUUUCUACGACGCAACCAGCAGAUUUACAAGUGGCAUCAAGAAUAUGGCCCCGUCAUUCUCAUUGCUCCGGGACAAGUUUCCGUGUCCAGCGCAGCUUCGACCAAGAUGAUAUACCGCGCAGGGACGCAGCACCCAAAGAGCUCCUUCUUCAACAACUUUACCCUGUACGGCGAGCGAACAAUCUUUACCGCGCUUGGCUGCAUGGAGCACCGCGCCAUGCGAAAGACGACGUUUGCAUUCUACCAGCCAACCACGGUCUACAGCGACGCCGUGAUGCUGCCUCUUCGUCGGCGCGUCCGCCGCUUUGUGGAUGAAUUGAGCAAUAGUGCGCAUGCGGAAUCGACCGUUGUUGGUGCCGACAUCUUCAAGCUCACCAAUUCGUACGCCUUUGACAACAUUACCUCGCUCGUCUACGGCCCGAGCCACACUUCUCAGUCGCUGGAUUCUGAAAAGGAGAAGCAAACGAUUCUGCAAGACUGGGCCGAGUGCGAGAUUUGGAACAAUCUACUCUACGCUUUUCCCCUUGCUCACAGGUUUAUCAAGUUUGCCAUGACCCAUCUCAAGAAUCCUCACUUCUUGCACGCCGAGCAGAGACUGUUCGAGUGGAACAUGGAGCGACUCGACUCGACUUUGAGAGACAUUGAUACAGCUGCUACAGGCGAGUCGCUCGUCGGGCGGCUGCUCAAGGACGAAAAGGGCAGCAGCAAUGCUCCCCGCAAGACUCUUGUCGCCGCAGAGUGUCUGGACAAUAUCCAUGCUGCUCAGACGACAGUCUCGCUAGCGCUUACAUAUACCAUUUGGCUCUUGGCCGUGCACCGCAGCUGGCAGCGCGAGGUCAGAAACGAGCUGCAAGCCUUGCCUUUGGAGCGAGACGGCCUGCCUUGUUUUGACGCCAUCAGGAAGAAGGCACCGGUGCUGGAGGCUUGUCUUUGCGAGUCCCUCCGGACAAGGCCGCUUUCUAGCGGCCGAGCAGAGAGAAUUGUGCCGGAAACGAAUUUAUACGACGACGUCAUGAUUCCAGCAGGGACCAUCAUUUCAACCUCUACGAUAGCGAUUCAGCAUAACCCUCACGUCUUUCAAAACCCUCACUUCUACGACCCCGGUCGUUGGCUGCGAGCAGACAAGGACGAGCUGCGCGCCAUGGAAAGCUGUUACAUUCCGUUUGGAUACGGCGCGCGCUUGUGCCUAGGAAAAGCGUUUGCCGUGGCCGAGAUUAAACUUUUGCUGGCAUGCCUGCUGCUGAAUUUUGACAUUUACGAGAAUGAGCAGUCUGGCACAAACGCGACGACAAUGGGCCAAUUGGGCACGGAGAAUGCACUACCGCGGGGACUGCGCUGUGACGUGCUCUUUCGGAGAUUACAAAAAGUGUGA